AUGAGAUCAUUCUCUCGUGUACUGUCAGUUUGCCAUCAUAGAUUGUAUCGCAAUACCAUUCUUCGAACUGUUAGACUUUUCGGCUCAUCAUUCUCCUCUUAUGAUUUCUCUCGACAAAUACCGAAAGUGGGCCCCGACAAUACGGCAGCGAUGCUGCUACAAAAAAACCUGAUCCAAAGAAAUAACAUGCUUUACGGAUAUGGAUCAGGAACAAUACGAUGUACUUUGCUGGACUCCACUGGCCGAGCUAAAUCUCCAUUAGUAGAGAUAAAACGCGAGGAUCUGGUUUCGAAACAUGGUUUACUGCCUAGAGAUCUUCGUAAAAUUGAAAAAUCGAGAAAAAAUGACUUGGUUCCUAGUUUGCUUGUACGAGAAAACUCCAUACUCAUCAGUUUGCUUACUGUGAAAGCCUUAAUCAAGCCUGAUAUGGUUAUUAUCUUUGAUUCCACUGGUAGCGGAAUAACUUUGAACUCUGAAGCUCACAAGGAUUUUAUAAACGACAUGAAACUGAGACUUAGGAAUCAGGAAACAAAUGAGCUAAAUAGUGAUCCGCUUCCCUAUGAAUUCAGGGCGUUGGAAACCAUUUUCAUUUCCGCUUUAUCCAACCUUACCAGCGAAAUGAAGGUGCUACUUACUAUAUGUAAAGGGGUACUGCAAGAUCUGGAGUUCAGCAUAACGAGAGAUAAAUUGAGGUUUCUAUUAGGUCAGAAUAAAAAAUUGAGUAGCUUCAAUAAAAAAGCUGUUUUAGUUAGAGAUAUGCUAGAUGAUUUAUUAGAGCAAGACGAUGUACUUUGUGACAUGUACUUAACAGACAAGAAAGGAGGCAAAAUUAGAAUCCAGGAUGAUCAUACUGAAAUUGAAAUGCUACUGGAAACAUAUCAUAAUUAUGUCGACGAAAUAGUUCAAAAGAGUGAAAGCGCCAUAUCUGAUGUUAAAACCACAGAAGAAAUCAUAAAUAUCAUCCUAGAUUCUAACAGAAAUGAAUUAAUGUUGUUGGGAAUACGAUAUGCUAUAGGAAUGCUUUCGCUGGGAGGUGCUCUAUUAUUGGGUUCCAUUUAUGGUAUGAAUCUUGAAAGCUUUAUAGAGGAAAGUAAUUACGGCUAUCUAACAGUCUCAAUUUUGGGACUAAUGUGCACUGCUUGGCUUUACGCUAAAGGGAUUAGACACCUGCAUAAAUUACAACGUAUGACAUUGUUAAGCAAGAUAAAAACUGAAUCCAUACAUGAAUCACUAAAAAAAUAG